AUGGGUAUUUGCACCUCGUUGGUGAGCGCCGGGAACUCGUAUCACUUUGCCAUCGUCGCAGACCAGGGCGCCUUCGAGGAAUCGGUAGACGGGAGGGAUUUCAUGGAAACCAUGAUCAACCACGUCGACACCCUCGCUUCUGCUGCAGGAAUCUACGAGCAGGAAAACGAUCACGCAACAGAAUUUGUCGACCUCAAGGAAGGCCUCUGGAGCCCCUCACUGAGGUCCUCAGGUGAACCGCAUGGCCAGAAAGUAGGGUCAAAGGUCACGGCUGACCCACUCCUCUUCGAAACCCGUUAUCUCCUCAACCACUUCACCUAA